AUGACGACACGCUAUAGAGUAGAAUACGCCCUCAAAACCCACCGCCGCGAUCAAUUCAUAGAAUGGAUCAAGGCUCUUCUUGCUGUACCCUUUGUUAUUCAUUCGCAGCCCACGGGCGUGUUUGAGGAGGGCGGAGAUGUUGGUGGCAUGGCUACCGAGGCCCACCGACGGUACGCCGAGAUUCUUAAAGACGUCGAGGGCAUGAUUGAUGACCACAUAAAUCAUCAAAAUGAUAAACACAAGCUCCCCUCUAAGCUAAAGCUCCUCGUCCCCUCUGCCGGCCCUUUCUUCACCACCCUGCCCCUCGAGGCUGCGUUCAAGUACCAGGACUCCAAGCGCUAUAUCUCAUCCCGCCGCUUCGUGGCGCCUUCUUUCAACGAUGUGCGCCUCGUCCUGAACUCGGCCCAGGUUAUGGCCGUCACUCGCAAUCACGAGCUGCAGCUGGCUACGUUUGAUGGUGAUGUCACGUUAUAUGAUGAUGGAAUGAGCCUUGAACCUUCCAGUCCCAUUAUCCCCCGUCUAAUAGACCUUAUGCGGCGUGGUAUCAUGAUCGGUAUCGUCACUGCAGCCGGUUACACUACCCCAGACCUCUACCAUGCCCGCCUCCACGGCCUCCUUGACGCCAUCGCCACCUCCCCUCUCUAA